AUGAAUAAGGAAUUGGAUCAGAAAGAAAAUAAGCCAAUUGACGAAUUGGAAGAACUUGAAAUAAAGGACAAAAUAAGUGACUUUUUUCCUGGCCCGAACGAAGACUUUGAGCAUGGAAAACCUGGUUCACAAGGAAUCCCCUUUAAGCCAAAUCCUGAGUGCAAAUACUGCCAUGGAUCUGGAUAUAAGGAAAAAUAUAUAGGAAAACAUAAAAAGCAUAUCAAAAGAGUUGAGGCUCUAUGCAAUCGAUGCGCUCAUGCAUCAGGAAUGUGCUCUAAAUGCUUAGGCACUGGCUUUAUGAAUCCUGGAGAUAGGAAAUGUUUUUGCAUUAUGGAUGGAAUGAAUUGGCGGGAAUCAAAAAACCUUGGAGCAAUUUACAAACUAAAUUAUCCGAAUGGCUAUCGCGUAUUUGCAGGACAUUAA